CCGGGAGGCGGCGGCGGGGGCGGCGCCGGGCGGCCGCCGCAGGUUCAUGUGCAUCUAAUGAAAAGGCACUUGACAGUCGGCCAGGACGCACGCGAGGGAGCGCGAGCCGGCCGGACCGCGGCGCCGCCCGAGCCAAUCGCGGGGCCGGCCUCUCCAUGGGCGAGCCGGAGGGGGCGGGGGGCGCAGCCGGCCGGGCCGCGGCCGCUCCGAGGUGAACGGCGCCCAGACGGGCUUGCGGCGCGGGGAGGCCGGGCGCGCCGCCGCUAUGAAUUCCGCCGAGCAGACCGUUACGUGGCUCAUCACCUUGGGGGUGCUGGAGUCGCCCAAGAAAACCAUCUCGGACCCGGAGGGCUUCCUGCAGGCGUCUCUGAAGGAUGGGGUGGUCCUCUGCAGGCUGCUGGAGCGCCUGCUGCCCGGGACCAUCGAGAAAGUUUACCCGGAGCCCCGGAGCGAGAGCGAGUGCCUGAGCAAUAUCCGCGAGUUCCUGCGAGGCUGCGGGGCCUCCCUGCGCCUGGAGACAUUUGAUGCAAAUGAUUUGUAUCAGGGGCAGAAUUUUAACAAGGUCCUCAGUUCCUUAGUGACUCUAAACAAAGUAACAGCAGACAUCGGCCUGGGAAGUGACUCCGUGUGUGCCCGGCCCUCAUCUCAUCGGAUAAAGUCUUUUGACUCCCUCGGAGCUCAGCCUUCACACAGUCGGACUUCAAAAUUGUUCCAGGGCCAGUAUCGAAGUUUGGACAUGACUGACAAUAGCAACAACCAACUGGUAGUGAGAGCCAAGUUCAACUUCCAGCAGACCAAUGAAGACGAGCUCUCCUUUACGAAGGGAGAUGUCAUCCAUGUCACGCGGGUGGAGGAAGGCGGCUGGUGGGAGGGCACGCACAACGGCAGGACUGGCUGGUUUCCCAGCAACUACGUGCGGGAGAUCAAGCCCAGCGAGAAGCCUGUGUCACCCAAGUCAGGAGCACUGAAGAGCCCUCCCAAAGGAUUUGACACUGCUGCUGUUAACAAAAGCUACUACAACGUGGUGCUACAGAAUAUUUUGGAAACAGAAAAUGAAUAUUCUAAAGAACUUCAGACUGUGCUUGCAACCUAUCUCCGGCCUUUGCAGACCAGUGAGAAGUUAAGUUCAGCAAACACUUCAUAUUUAAUGGGAAAUCUAGAAGAAAUAUGUUCUUUCCAGCAAAUGCUUGUACAAUCUUUAGAAGAAUGCACCAAGUUGCCAGAAGCUCAGCAGAGAGUUGGAGGAUGCUUUUUAAAUCUGAUGCCACAAAUGAAAACCUUGUACCUUGCGUAUUGUGCCAACCACCCAUCUGCAGUGAAUGUUCUCACAGAGCACAGCGAGCAGCUGGGAGAGUUCAUGGAGACCAGAGGUGCAAGCAGCCCGGGGAUCCUGGUGCUGACCACCGGCCUCAGCAGACCGUUCAUGCGCCUGGACAAGUACCCCACACUGCUCAAGGAGCUGGAGAGACACAUGGAGGAUUAUCAUCCAGAUAGACAAGAUAUUCAGAAAUCCAUGACUGCCUUCAAAAAUCUCUCGGCCCAGUGUCAGGAAGUACGGAAAAGGAAGGAACUAGAAUUGCAGAUUCUGACGGAGGCCAUCCGGAGCUGGGAGGGAGAUGACAUUACGACCCUGGGCAGCGUUGUGUACAUGUCCCAGGUCAUGGUUCAGUGCGCUGGGAGUGAGGAAAAGAAUGAGAGAUACCUUCUGCUCUUCCCAAAUAUUUUGCUAAUGUUGUCUGCCAGUCCUAGGAUGAGUGGUUUCAUCUAUCAGGGAAAGCUACCAACGACAGGAAUGACAAUCACAAAGCUUGAGGACAGUGAAAAUCAUAGAAAUGCAUUUGAAAUAUCAGGGAGCAUGAUUGAGCGGAUCUUAGUGUCCUGCAACAACCAGCAGGAUCUCCAUGAGUGGGUGGACCACCUACAGAAGCAGACGAAGGUCACCUCUGUUGGCAACCCCACCAUCAAGCCGCAUUCUGUGCCGUCUCACACCCUCCCCUCCCAUCCGAUCGCCCCAUCCAGCAAGCACGCGGACAGCAAGCCGGUACCCCUGACGCCUGCCUACCACACGCUGCCCCACCCCUCCCACCACGGCACUCCGCACACCACCAUCAACUGGGGGCCCCUGGAGCCUCCGAAGACCCCCAAGCCGUGGAGCCUGAGCUGCCUGCGACCCGCACCUCCCCUGCGGCCCUCGGCUGCGCUCUGCUACAAGGAGGAUCUUAGUAAGAGUCCCAAGACCAUGAAAAAGUUGCUACCUAAGCGCAAGCCUGAGCGGAAGCCUUCCGAUGAAGAGUUUGCAUUGCGGAAAAGCACGGCCGCUCUGGAGGAAGAUGCGCAGAUUCUGAAGGUCAUCGAGGCUUACUGCACGAGCGCCAAAACGAGGCAAACGCUCAACUCAACAUGGCAAGGCACUGACCUGAUGCAUAAUCACGUCUUGGCUGACGACGACCAAUCAAGUCUAGACUCCUUGGGUCGUCGCAGUAGCCUUUCCCGUCUGGAGCCUUCAGACCUCUCGGAAGACUCUGACUAUGACAGUAUAUGGACAGCCCAUAGUUACAGAAUGGGUUCUACAUCUCGUAAGAGCUGUUGCUCAUAUAUCUCUCACCAGAACUAAUGCACUUCUGAGCUUUUCUUAACAAAUGCUUGUUGUAUCGCAGCCUGCUUUUCUUAGAUGUUUUCUUGCUGUUCCUUGUCUUUUAUGUGAUAUUUUAACAACUUCUGAGAGCAUUGCUGAUAUUUCCCAUUGUACUGUGUGGAGGCCCACUUGCCAGUCCGACCGUCCGUUCGAGCUGCCGCGGUGGAAGGAGACGGUGCGCUCACGGGGCCGCGCCCGAGGGUCCUUUCCUCCGUGGGUGGUGGUGGCUCUCCAGCUCUGAAUGGUCUGGGCUCCUGUUCUCAGUGUGGCACCUGUCUCAUUUCUUUGUGAAUACAGCUGUGUGAACACUUUCCUAUUUUAUACGAGACCAUACAGGUUUGUGAUCUAAGUGCCAGCACCACAGAGGCGACUCUGGCCUUACAUAGGGGUCUCAGUGUUCUGUGUGCAACAGCCCCACUGGUGAACGAGUUGUGGAGAGAGGCCAAGGAAACGCGCCCUGAGAGGAUGGGGUCAGUUCAGACGGCUGUGUCCUG